UUAGUUCUUUUGCCUUCCCUAUUCAUAGGGAAAACUAAAACUGAACCAAAAAAAAAUCACACAACCUAAUCAUAACUUUCAUUUUUAUAUGAAUUUUCCAAUAAAAAAUAUAUUAUACAUUAAUUUUGUUAACUAACCCAACAAAAUGAAAGUUAAUAUCCUUUUCUGUUUAAUAUUUGUAACCGGUGCCAUAGCGUAUGAAAAUUCUGAUAUAGUAUCAGCAAGAAUUGAGAGUUGCAGGGGAUGUUCCUUAAACCGUUUGCCUGAAGUUAAAAAGUUCGUCCUGGAGGACGCACCAGGCUAUGAGCGGCUGGAAGUCAAAUUUAUAACGGGCGCUCCGCCAGAGUUAGUACUGCUCGGGGACAGUGAUGCAGAACUCGAGCGCCUUCCACUUUCCAAACUUAAUCAGCAGGAGUGUAAUGAACUUCUUCAGAACAGAGGUUUCACUAAGAAAGCUGAAAAAUCUGAAUUUUAAGGAGAAUAAUGUUGUUAGUUUCAUUCCAUUAUAUUAAAAGUAUUUCAAAAAGAGGAAUGUAAUAAAUAAAUUUUAUAUUUGCUAUCAAUAUUUCAUCAUAGUCGUAGAAUACUGACGGAUCUAUAUAUGUAAUAUUUGUCAGAUCCGUCUGUAUUCUACAACUAUGACGAUUUGUCGAUUAAACUUUAAAUUAACCAUAUUUUACAAGACUACUACUAUAUAGUGAGAUUUAAGGGACCUGGUAUUUUAAUGUGUUAUAAAGAUUUUUCAUUAAACAGAGUGAAAAAAAAAAACAAUAUUAAUUAAUUUUAAUUUUGACUAAAUUAAGUAAAUAAAAAUUACAUAACAAAGUUACUUAUCUUUCUCUUUUUUUACUAUGCCAGUAUUUGAAUUGUAUCUUUCAUUGUAUUUAUUCAAAUCUUGCUAUAUAGUGGGAUCAUCUUCAUUAAAUAAAAAGAAUUUUUCUUUAAAGAAUGAAAUAUUUAUGUCUCUGUGACAGUAUUGUUUGAAGGUCAGUGAAACUAAUGUUUGUUGAGGUCUAAAUAACAAUGUAUUGUUUCACUAUUGAUAUUGGUUGCAACACUCAAGUGUUUGAAUACAAGGGUAACAAUACAAACCAAACAAACCUUAGCAAUUUCUACAUUUUAAGAAGUUUUUCAUUAAAUAAAAGUUCACUAUAUAGAAUUCACAUUGUAUUUUGUGAAUAAAGUGAUGCACAAGAAAGCAUUUAGUAUAAGCACUGAGUUUUUAUUGAACAUGCUGUUAAAAUAUGUUACAUUUAUUUUUAAUAAUAAAAUUACAUUAAAUAGUUUGUGAAUCACAUAUUUAUGGAUUAAUUUUCCUUUAUAAUUGUUAAGAAUGGCAUGUUGCAGCAAAUAUAAUUUAUAAUAUGCACAUGUGACUGCUUGUGUGUUAUAAUAUGUACAUAAUGACAAUUUCUAAUAUUUGUAGACUUGUUAAUAGAUGCAUAUAUUGCAAACUUUUAGGCCAAGAAUUGGAUGAGCAUAAUUAAUUUUGUUGUAUCAUAUCUAAUUUUUUUUUUUAAUAAAUUUAAAACCAAAGUAAUAUUACAAGAAUAGUAGUAUAGAUAGAUAGAUAUUCUUUAUUGUUUCCUCCAAAAGAUUACAAUAUUAUUAUUUCUUGUAAUUAUUUAUAUAAAUAUAAAUAAUUACAAGAAAUAAUCACAAUGAGAAAACAAUGGGCGACCUUAUCGCUGAAAGCGAUCUCAUCCAGGCAACCUUUGGAUGGAGAGGAGUAAUUAUAAACAAUUUGGUGGGGGGCAUGAUGAAAAAUUUUAUCAAUUCUAAAUAUGGGAGAUGUGAUACAUAUAUAAAUAGUAUAAUAUAUAGGCCAAAUAUUAUUUUGUACCUUUUAUUAUUAUUAUUUUUUAUUACUUAUAUAUCAGACAAUAUGUAUACAUAUAAAAAAAAAGUAUAUUUGAGGCUUAAUAAGAUUGGUCAAAACCAACUUUUUUUUUUAUUUUGUCUGUGUUCUGGCAUCAUAUAAAAAGUAUUUGAUGGAUGAACUUUUUGCAGUUACAUUCUUGAAGAUUAAACACCAUCUAGAAGUGCUUACUUCCAUCAAUCAACUACAAAAUGUGUACAUAGUCAAAUGUAGAAGAUAAACGAUAAUAUUCAUGUAUUUUUACUAAAACCAUAAUAGCAUAAUAGUCAAAGGAAUAAAGAACAAAGUAAAAAACAUUCUAAUUUCACACUGAA